AUGACUUCAGUGUUCCCUAAUGAGAGUCAUCGCGGUUCAGGUUAUGAGCCCAAAUCUGGGAACCCCGUUGGACGUUUAUCUGUACGGGCAGAAAACGCUGAUUCCGACGUGAUGCUGAGCAAUGCUGUGGAGGUGUACUCAGGACUUGUGCGUGAACAUGCUGAGCGCAAACGCACUACUCGUGCGAAGCCUGAGCUGCGUGACGCGACUGCGCGUCUCGAGAACGCAGAGCUGAUUGCUGAUAACAUGUCUGGCGCUGAUCGCCGUUGCAGCGAUCAACGAGGUGGAAGCCAAGGACUUGGGAGUCGAGAAGUCUACAAUGUCACCGAGCACAACAAUGGAGAUAGACAAGCUCGACGACGCGCAGGACGUGGAAUUUCAAGACCACGGAGCCCAAGUUUGUCAUCUACGCGGUCUAAGAAGAAGAAAAAGAAGUCGGUUUGCUUCCGCUGUGGUUCUGACAAGCACUUCGUGCGGGACUGCCCACAACCGGCGGUGCUGGGUGUUGAGAAAACGAAGACAGUCUCGAAGAGUGCUGCCAUGGGCUUGCUGCACAAUCGUCUCAACCACGCUGGUAUGGAAGAGAUUAAUCGGGUGGCGCAUCAGUUCAAGGUUGGAUUGAAACCCCGAGAGACGCACCAGACCGCUGGAGCGUAUUGCUGUAGACGUGUGCACGAUGAACUUAAAGGUCAAGUGGACGACCUUGCUGACAUUUCAUUGCAGAUCGUGCAGCAAGCAGAGCAAUUACCUGUGGACACUGUAGACACUGCGGCUGUGCCGUCGCCUACGGUUCAAGCAACGAAGAAGUCUAAGUCUGACAAAGGGCGUCUGAAGCGCAAGAGAGCUGCUAGUGCGACUGACUCAGAGAAGGAGGUGCCGUUCGUGGUGAGGAAGCCAACUGUGGCUCCAGUGAAGGUUCUGCCCCGACGCAAGCGGGCGCGGCCGUCACGUCUUCGGGAUUUUGUCUUCAAUGUUGUCGUGCGUGGUGCUGGAGCUGUCCAGUUGCCGCAGAAUUACCGACAGGCCAAGGCAAGCCGUGAGUGGCCGGAGUGGCGCAAAGCUAUUCAGGAGGAGCUGGCGUCUCUAAAGAAGCAUCGGACCUGGCGUCUUAUGCCGCGUGCAUGUGCUGGCAAGGCCAAGGUCAUUACCUACCGUUGGGUGUUUGCUAUAAAGAGGGAUGAACAUGGCAACAUCAAGCGCUACAAGGCGCGCUUGGUGAUACACGGCCACAAGCAAAUGUAUGGAGUGAAUUUCCACGAGACGUAUGCACCGGUCAUUCGUUUCGAAACGAUUCGUGCGUCGAUCUACUAUGGUGUGCAGAGGGGGUGGACAGCCAUGCAGUUUGAUGUUAAGACCUUUCUUUACGGCCCACUGCAGGAGACUAUCUACAUGGUACGACCGGACGGCUUGGAGGAGGGCGACGAUGACGAUGUGUGCCAUUUGCUCAAGAGUCUGUAUGGUUUAA